AUGAAGAAGGAAAAAGUAGCAGAAUUCUUUAAUACUUUGGAAACAGUAGUAGAUAACAACAAUUUAAGAGGAAAACCUGAAUGUGUAUACAAUGUUGAUGAAACCGGUAUGCCGCUUAGUAACCGCCCACCCAACAUUAUAGCCCAAAAAGGUGCUAAAGAUGUUGUCAGCAUGACUAGUGUUGAACGAGGUGAAAAUGUAACCGUUCUAGCCUGUAUGAAUGCAGCAGGACAGUACAUACCUCCAUUUGUUCUAUUCAAAGGUGUACGUAAACGUGACGAUUUUCUCCUAGGUAUGCCACCUGGUACUGAAGUUGCCAUGACAGAAAACGUCUGGGUCACCGAAGAAGCUUUUAAGUUGUGGCUGCAACAUUUCAAUCGCUACCGGACCCCAGGAAAAGUAGUUCUAAUUUUGGAUGGGCAUGCGUCUCACACCAGCUACUCAGUGGUAGACUUGUGUGACUCUUUCGAAAUUGAACUUGUACUUCUUCCUCCACACACAUCACAUGCCCUGCAACCGCUCGAUGUAUCGUUUUUCAAACCGCUCAAAACCUAUUAUCACCAACAAGCUACAGCAUGGCAACAUUCACAUCCCAAUCAAGGAAUCACAAAAGUCGCUUUCGGAGCACUUUUCCAACGGGCUUGGAAUCAGGCUGCCACUGUUGGGAAUGCUACAAAAGGCUUCGAAAAGACUGGAAUAUUUCCACUAAACGCCAAUGCAAUACCUGACCACAAGUUCAUCGGUGAUCAAGAGUCGGACAUUGUAGAGUCCCAAGUCCAGUCCCCAAGUUCCCAAAAAAUGCAGCUACACGUGCAAGCCACAAAUACAAAACCACUUGAUAAUAUAGUGCCAUCCACAAGUUCACAACAAUCUGACGAAGCCCAGCCUCCCACCUGUGCAGAAAUAAUUAAAGAAAUUCUUCCAUCACCUUUAAAGUCACCAAUUGCUUCUAAAAGAAUUCGUAAAGUUUCAAAACUGGCCUUGCAUUUAACAUCACCUCAGAAUAAGACUACUCUUCUCGAAAAAGAAGCAAAGAAGAAAUUUAAGGUAGACAAUAAAACCAAGGAAAAUAAGGAAAAGGCUGUGGGCAAAGAAAAUACUAUGAAGAAAAUGAAGAAUAAAGCAAAGCUUGCGAUAAAAAUUAAGAGUUCAUCUCCAAAACAUAGAGAGUGGCACUGCAUUUACUGUUCCGAAAUAUUCGUUCAUCCACCAUCAGAGGAUUGGAUUCAGUGCAAUGCCUGCGAAGAAUGGUGCCACGAAAAAUGUGCUGAUAUGGGGGAGGAAAAAGGACCAUAUAUAUGUGAAUUAUGUGCCGAUAAUUAA